ACGACGUUAAAAACACCGUGACCGAUGGUGUGGUUCUCUCACACGGUGGCCGCCUCUUCCGUCGCUGAGAGGCGCGUCUCCGUGAUGUCGCGCUAACCGAGAAAGAGCUGCCCCGACGUCCCGCGACACCCUCCGCCUCAGAAAAAUGUCAACUGAGGAGGGUGGAGAAGGUAAAAACUGUCAACCCGUGGCCAUGUCACCAGAGAGAAUGGCUACCGAGAAGAGCAGAGAAAACCAGCGCAGAGACGAGGCCACAGGAGACUCCUCAGACACCAGCACAACAGCAAAAAACCUGGCUUUGCUUAAAGCACACUCUCUGGAUGUGAAGUUCGAUGUCGGAGAGGAGUAUGAUGUCAUAGAAACCAUCGGCACAGGAGCUUAUGGGGUCGUCUCAUCUGCCAGAAGACGGGACAGUGGCCAGCAGGUGGCGAUAAAGAAGAUCUCCAAUGCCUUCGAAGUCUUGACAAAUGCCAAACGCACUCUGCGUGAACUCAAGAUUCUGAAGCACUUCAAGCAUGACAACAUCAUCGCCAUCAAAGACAUCCUGCAGCCAAACCUUCCUCACUCUGCCUUCAAGUCUGUGUACGUGGUGCUGGACCUCAUGGAGAGUGACUUGCACCAGAUCAUUCACUCCGCCCAGACCCUCACCCCAGAGCACACACGCUACUUUCUAUACCAGCUACUGCGUGGCCUUAAGUACGUGCACUCUGCCAACGUCAUACACCGUGACCUCAAACCCUCCAACCUGUUGGUGAAUGAGAACUGUGAGCUAAAAAUCGGUGAUUUCGGCAUGGCAAGGGGUCUCAGUUCGCACCCUGAGGAGUCACGUUCCUUCAUGACUGAAUAUGUGGCAACUCGAUGGUACCGUGCGCCUGAACUCCUGCUGUCUCUGAAUCACUAUAGUUUGGCCAUUGACUUGUGGUCUGUCGGCUGCAUCUUUGCAGAAAUGUUGGGGCGCAAGCAGCUUUUUCCGGGGAAGCACUAUGUCCAUCAGCUCCAGCUCAUUUUAUCUGUGCUUGGCACUCCUCCCGAGGGUUUAAUUGGUGCUAUUAGAGCUGACAGAGUUCGCUCCUAUGUUCAGAGUCUUCCAUCACGGUCGCCGGUGCCUUUGGCCAAACUCUACCCGCAAACUGAACCAGAGGCCUUGGAUCUGCUGGCCGCCAUGUUGCGCUUUGACCCUCGUGAACGGAUCAGUGUGACACAAGCGCUGGAGCAUCCUUACCUGGCCAAGUACCACGACCCGGAUGACGAACCAAUUUGUGUGCCAGCUUUUGACUUUGAAUUUGACAAUCUUCCAAUGAACAAGGAGCAGAUUAAAGAGGCAAUUCUGAUGGAGAUCCAGGACUUUCACAAAAACAAGCAAACUACUCGUCAGAGACUGCAGUUCAGGCCUUUGGCCAGGGUGAAUGGCGGAGCUGCAGCACAAAGCAGUAACCAGUGUAAUGCUCAGGCCUCAACUGUCAACCUGACCAAAUCGAAACUGGUUCCCAUGGCACAAUGCUCACAAGCAGCACAGAUACAGCAACAGCAAAUGAGAGAAGUGGAAUCUCAACAACAACAAGACCACACACCAGCAAAAGGGAACUUUGUUUUUACAAAUGAGAUGCAAGCCUUUAAUAAGCCCACAUCGCUUCUAGAAGUUACCCUACCUCAUGUGAAUCAUAAUUUGCCCCUUCUCUCUAAAAAUGAAAGUGGCCCAGUCGAUGUGGACAUGCCCAGUGCCAACUCAGACAGCGGUCAGCCAGAAACUAUAGAUUUAACAACACCAGUGUCUAGUCAGGAUGCCCCCUCAGAAACAAUGAGAGAAAGCGAGGCACAGGAGCAGCUAACCACCCAUCAAGCUCCUUUAACUCAGCCCACACAGAGCCAGUCCAUGACCCAGGUUCCCACCAGUAUUCCUGCAACGCCAGCCCAGAUCAUGACACCCGUACCCACCUCUGUGCCUUCCCUUUCUCUCUCUGCGGCACAAGCCCAGUCACUGUCUCAGUCCCUUUCACAGUCACUGUCCAAGAAUGCCAGGCCUCCUCCAGGUGCCGGAGAGGGAACCAGAAAAGAAGGAGCGAUUUCAGAAGAUACAAAAGCUGCACUUAAAGCAGCUUUAUUGAAAUCAGCCCUCAGAAAUAAAUCCAGGGGUGAUGGAUGUAUGUCUGCACUGGGCAUGGAUGCUGGUGGAGGAGGUAUACUGUCCUCCCUGUCGUCUGUUCCGGAGUCGCGUCGGCCUGUCACAGCCCAGGAGCGUCAACGAGAAAGAGAGGAGAAGAGAAGGAAGAGGCAGGAACGGGCAAGAGAGAGGGAGAGGAAAAUGAAGGAAAAGGAGAGAAGAGAGGGAAAGCAGGGGGACUCGCUGGGCGGGGUUCUGCUGAGUGACAACGACAAAAGCCUUUUGCAGCGGUGGACAAAGAUGAUGGACAGUCGCAAUGAGAGGAUUGUCGACUGUAAUGUGAACUCGCAUCGAGGCUUAGCGAUCGGUGAUGGCACUCAAGGAGCUCUGAACAAUAAAACGGACAAGGAGAUAAGGAAGAUUCCCUCUCGUGAACAGUUGGUCUCUCAAGUUAAACCUAACCAGCCGAGCUUGUGUCAGCCUUCCAGCAACCAGCAACCAUCAUUACUUUUGUCCAUGAGCCAGAGGAAACCUCCAGGAGAUAUAGUUGUUGCCGUAGGUGGAGGGAUAGAUAUGGUGACCGUCUCUGGUGGCUUUGUUAAAAACAACACGCUCAAACCUCACAAUGAGACCAACGGACAAAGUGGUUUCAGCUUUUUGGGGAGUUGGAGUGGUCAGCAAUUAGAGACGCGGCCACCCCAACAACCACAACUUAACGCGAAGCAGCAACCUCUGCCAACGAGCUUUCUUCAACCCCAGCUCCAACCUCAAAGUCAAACCCACCCCGACCCUCAACCUCAGUCGCAGCUGCUCCCACUGGAGAGGUUCUUGACUAAAGCUCCAACUCUAACCACCAGGGAGACAAAUGGGAAUGCGGAUAAUAUCAGAGGUCAAAAUAACCUCAACUCCAUCCCAACUACAAGGGCUGGGCCGAUGGAGAAGCUGUGUCCCACUCCAGGAGAGAAAUCUGUCCCACAGAACACGAACCCUCUCUGUGGGGCUCUAGGGGUCCCCUCUCAACCUCAUCCCAGUUUAGGAUUCACAGACACAGGACAACCAGGGCCGUCCACUGCCCCUGACAUUCACACAGUCACUCUGCAGCUGUCAAAGUCCCAGGUGGAGGACAUUUUACCCCCGGUGUUCUCGGUCACCCCUAAAGGCAGUGGUGCUGGCUACGGCGUGGGCUUUGACCUGGACGACCUUCUCAACCAGUCUCUCACAGACCUGCAACACUGUGACCGGGACAGUUAUGAUUCGGCCCCCCUCUCGGCCUCCCUCUUAUCUGAUUGGAGUGAGGUUCACCGCAUGACUCCGGCUGAUCUGGAAUCACUGCAGCAGGAGUUGCAGCUCGGCUCUCCCAUGAUCCUCUCUGAUACCAUUCCCCCUGACGCCUGAAUUUCCUUGCUCUGAAAUUUUAAAAGAUAUCACUUUGUAUAGAAGUUAGAAGUUGUUGUUUUUUUUAGCAUGAAAACUCCAAUUUAGACUUUUGAAAUUAAUUUAAAUGCUAGUUUUAUUUUGGGCACUACCAUACAGUUUUUUUUUACAUGACAUGCUGUCCUUUCUUUAUAAUAAAGAAAACUGUCAUUGUC